AUGGCGCCCCCUGCCCCUGGGGAGGACGGAAACGCCUCCGACAGCGCCCCCUCCCCACAUCACUGGGGAAGGCAGGAACUCUGCCCAAAGCGCCCCUCAAUUCCUGCGGAGGGGACAGAUAAACUUCGCCCGAAGCGCCCCUCAAUUCCUGUGGAGGAGACAGGGGACAAACUCGAUUCUGAGGGCUCCCGCCCAAGAUGGCCGGCCCCUCACCCCAACGGCCCCGUGGGAGGGACAAACUCGACCCUGAGGGCUCCCGCCCAAGAUGGCCGGCCCCGUGGAGGGGACAAACUCGAGUGUGCGGGCUCCCGCCCAAGAUGUCCGGCCCCUCACCCUCGGCCCACCUGGUCUCCGGCCCCUCGGCGCCCGCGGCCUCACGUGCUAACUGUGGUGGCUGCCCGCCGCCGGCUUCUCCCGGACGUGGCGGCUCCUCCUCAGGGCCCCGACUCCUCCCCGACGCCUCAGCCACACCCGACUCCGCCGCCCGACCGUCGCCUCGCUUUUCCCGCGCAACGGGCUCCUCCCCGGCCCGGCCCGGCCCGGCCCCGCCCCCCGGGCCCCGCGCGCCACUUCCGCCCUCCUCCUCACAACGGCCGCCCCACCGCCCCCUACCGGCCGCCGGCCGCCAUGGCCCUCUCCCUGCCUUUCCCCCUCCGGCCGCACGGCGGCGCGCCGCCCUGGGAAGGCCCGGCGCUCCCUGCCGCCCCCUAG